AUGAAUUAUCUCGUCUUUCGUUUCGAGAGCAUAACUUCGAUUGAGCAUGAACAAGAAAAAGACGAAAAUAUAAAAGUAAAUGACCAUUUCAAUGGAACCAGUGCUACUGAACUUUUAAAGCCGAAAAUUCACAAGAUUGAGAAAGAUUUACUUAAAAAUUAUUUGAAACCUGAGGUACAUCAUGCCAUAGAAUUGCUCGAGUUUAACAUCGUUAUAAUUGGUUCGCCACGUGUCGGCAAAAGUGAACUUAUCAACGCAUUAUGUGGAGGUAAAAAACUAGCAGAAACAAGUCCAAGCUUGACUUCGUGUACAAAAAAAGUCAAAAAAUAUGUGUUAGAAGCAGAUCAAACCAAAGCAUCUGAUAUCACGCCGUCUAAUGUCAAUUUUUAUGAUACACCAGGUCUCGAAUCAUGGAGUAAUGAAGCAGGAGAAAAGGGCAUGCUUGAAUUAAUCAAUGAAACAAAUCCAGUUUGUGUCAUUUUUUGUGCUUCUCCGGGUUCAUUUGCUGAUUUAUCUCAACUUCGUCCUGUUUUACUGUACUGUAAAGAUAACAGUAUCUUUUGUGCACUUGUAUGUACUAAUAUGUGGUCUAGUAAUAAACGGCAAAAAGUAAUCGAAGAAUUUCAAAAUGAACUCUCAAUUUUCGGACUACAAAAUGAUAUGUAUUCGGAUCAAAUUCAUUCUAAUAUUCCACACAAAAUAUCGUUUUUUGGUACAGGUGCUCUUUGUACGAUGGUGAAUUCAGUUGAAUAUUUCGAUCCAGAAAUGUCAUCAAAAAAACAGCCAGUACAAGGAAUUGAUGAACUCAUUCAUGGCAUCAUGCAAUCAUUAGAUGAUCAGAAAUUACUUGGUUGGUGUAACGCUGUACUUCAUCGACGUAGCUAUUGGACAAUAGUUAGUCAAAAAAUGGUUGGUUUCUUCUCUUUGGGAUUAACAAAAUUACGACGUUAUAAAUUUUUCUUGCGUUUGACAACAAAACGAACUUCUACAUAG